AAUCACAAAACCUAAGCGAUCGCCCUCUCAACUAUUCCUUUCGCUUCAGGGUUUCUUUCAUUUCUAAAAGAUUUCCCCAAAUCCAAAACAAAAAGCCUAAAACCCUAACCCCUCGAGCAGAAACAAAGCAAUGGCGUUAAUGCAACAGUUGGGACGGACCAAGAAUGUGACCAGAAGGUCGAAGAAGUACUUAGAAGAGGCACUUUACCACAGGCUUUUUAAGGACGGCAGCUCGGAAAUCAGCGUGCGGCAGCAGCUGAAUCAGUUCCUCAAGAGCUCCAAGCGCGUCUACAAAUGGGAAGUUGACGACACUCUCAAGAAGCUUCGCCAUCGCAAGCUCUAUUACCCUGCUCUCAAGCUCUCUGAAACAAUGGUCACUAAGCGGGGCAUGAAUAAGACAGUUAGCGAUCAGGCUAUCCAUCUUGAUUUGGUUGCCAAAGCUCAAGGGAUUCCUGCUGCAGAAAAUUACUUUAUUGACCUUCCUGAAGCAUUGAAGAACCAUCUCACUUAUGGUGCCCUUCUCAACUGUUACUGUAAGGAAUUGAUGACUGAAAAAGCAGAAGCUCUAAUGGAAAAGAUGAAGGAACAUAACCUUCCGUUAGGCUCCAUGUCUUACAACAGUCUCAUGACUCUAUACACAAAAAUUGGCCAGCCGGAAAGGGUCCCAGAUGUUAUACAGGAAAUGAAGUCGUGUGGUAUCAUGCCAGAUUCCUAUACAUACAAUGUUUGGAUGAGGGCUCUGGCUGCUAUGAAUGAUAUUUCUGGGUUUGAAAGAGUUAUUGACGAAAUGAAGAGAGAUGCUGAAGAUGAUGAUGAUUGGACAACAUAUAGCAAUAUAGCAUCUGUUUAUGUGGAUGCUGGCUUGUUUAAAAAGGCAGAAGAGGCACUUAAGGAAUUGGAAAAGAGAAAUUCCCGCAGAGACCUUUCUGCUUUCCAUUUUCUAAUUACAUUGUAUGGCCAAGUGGGAAAUUUGCUUGAAGUUUAUCGAAUAUGGCGUUCAUUGAGGCUGUCUUUUCACAAAACAGCCAAUGUAAGCUUUCUGAAUAUGAUUCAGGUACUAGUCAACUUGAAAGAUUUACCAGGAGCAGAGAAAUGCUUUAGAGAAUGGGAAUCAGGUUGCUCUACUUAUGAUAUCCGGAUUGCAAAUGCCUUAAUUGGAGCUUAUGCCAAGGAGGGUUUGCUAGAGAAAGCUCAAGAGCUGAAGGAGAGGGCUCGCAAGAGAGGGGUGAAGCCUAAUGCCAAAACUUGGGAGAUCUUUUUGGAUUAUUAUUUGAAAAAUGGGGACAUCAAGCUGGCAGUUGAUUGUGUGGCCAAUGCUAUAUCUACCGGCAGAGGAGAUGGUGGAAAGUGGGUGCCAUCAUCUAAAACUAUUGGGACAGUUAUGUGGCACUUUGAGCAAGAGAAAGAUGUUGAUGGGGCUGAAGGUUUUCUGGAGAUUUUGAAGAAAGCUGUAGAUCAUGUAGGAGAGGAAGUGUUUGAAUCAUUGAUCAGAACUUAUGCAGCUGCUGGAAGGACAAGUCCUGUGAUGCAUCACCGUUUGAAGAUGGAAAAGGUGGAAGUGAGUGAGGCAAGUAAGAAAUUGGUUGAAGUGAUUUCUGUGGAGUGAGUUUUCUCAAUUUUGUUGGGUUCUGAAAUUUCAAUUCCUGGUGAAAUGAUAUUGAAUAGCUUUAAUUAUCUGUUUUUUUUUAAUAAAAUUUAAUUGGUAAUUAUCAUGUUGAGCCAAUACAUAGUAAUACGGUAUAGUCCAUCCAAGAAUGCUCCUUUCAUUUAGUUUUUUUUUUUGUUUGAGAAAAGGUGUGUUGACUCAUAAGUUAUGUUAUCAGAUAGGAUCUAUUUGUUCAUCUCUGUAGUUGCAGGCAAUGUGUAACAAAAUUUAGAUUCACUAUUGCUGCAUGGCAGUUGAGUUGUAAUAGAUUAGGAGACCAUAUAAUGUACUUUCUUGUAAUGUUUAUUUAGACUAUUAGGUUCAA